AUGGUAGGGUAUGCCGCAUUUGGUUAUGGUGGUAACUGCUCAUCACGUCGUCAUGCAGGUGGUAGCAAUCUCGGUACACUGGACGCUCCUUACCUUCCUCGAUUCCUAGAGAACAAUCCACUGCCGCACAAAUAUCCAUGGGGCAAGGCGUCCGUCAAUGAAACGAAUCCAUAUGUUGAAGUGCCAAACACUGGAUUUAUUCGAAGUUAUCACUUUGUGCUAUCGAGGGGCUGGGUUGCCCCUGAUGGAGUCCAAAAUUGGGGAGUCCUCAUCAAUGGUCAGUUUCCUGGGCCUCUCAUCGAGGCUAAUUGGGGAGAUACAAUACAAGUGACUGUUGAAAACAAGAUCACUGGCCCAGAGGAAGGCACGUCUCUGCACUGGCAUGGUCUUUUGCAGAAAGAAACGCCAUGGUUUGAUGGUGUGCCAUCCGUUUCGCAAUGCCCCGUUGCUCCCAACUCGACCUUUACAUACUCAUUCAAGGCAGACUCGUACGGGUCAAGCUGGUAUCAUUCUCAUUACAGUGCACAAUACGCGGAUGGUCUAUUCGGUCCGAUGGUCAUCUAUGGACCCUCUCACGUCGGUUAUGAUGUAGAUGUUGGUCCAAUCGUGCUGUCCGAUCAUUUCCACAGCGAAUACUUCAAAAUCGUGGAAGCGAUUACCGGAAAAACAGAUAUCCCCAACUCAGACAACAACUUGAUCAAUGGUAAGAUGAACUACGAUUGUUCUCUGGCCAAAGGGUACAACUGCACGCCCAAUGCCGGACUUUCUAAAUUCAAGUUCCAAUCUGGCAAGAAACACCGCUUGCGGCUGAUCAACGCUGGCGCCGAAGGUCUCCAGAAAUUCACUAUCGACAGUCAUACUAUGACAGUAAUCGCCAAUGACUUCGUUCCGGUGAAACCAUACAAAGCAGAUGUCAUUACUCUAGGAGUGGGCCAGAGAACAGACAUUAUCGUUGAAGGCGCCGGUAAGCCCACAGACGCUGUUUGGAUGAGGAGCGAUAUCAGUACGCUAUGCAGCCACACCAACCAGUCUCAUGCACUUGCAGCAAUUUACUACGAAGAGGCAGACACAUCAGCAACGCCGACUUCUGUUGCUACAAAAUGGAACGACACCAACUGCGCAAACGACCCGCUGGAACUAACGGAGCCGUUCUUCCAGGAUGCGCCGCCAAAAACGCCCGCCUUCACACAGACUAUCGACGUGGAUUUCGGACCGAACGCUACCCAGGCGCAAGUCUGGAAGAUGAAUAACGAGUCAUUCCGGGCAAAUUAUGACCACCCUCUCCUCCUUCUCACGAAGCUAGGCAAUACAUCGUACCCGUAUGACCCGCAAUGGAACGUGUACAACUUCCACAGCAACACAUCCUUACGUCUAAUCAUCCGCAGCCUCGUCCCUCUGGCCCACCCCAUGCAUCUUCAUGGGCAUAACUUCUGGGUUGUGGCACAAGGCACAGGCGAGUGGAACGGCACUGUCACAAGGCCGCAUAAUCCACAGCGCAGAGAUACCCAGAUGCUCGAACGCGGUAUCCCCACCGAGACGGGAAUGUCGUACAUCGUUCUCGACUUCCAGGCUGAUAACCCCGGCGUGUGGCCGCUUCAUUGCCAUGUCGCGUGGCAUGUUAGUGACGGACUUUAUGUUAAUAUCAUGGAGCGGCCAGACCUGGUCAUGCGAAACCGACAGAUUCCGUCUAUUAUGGCACAAACUUGCCGCGACUGGGCAGCGUACAGUGGCCAUAAUGUUGUGGAGCAGAUCGAUUCUGGUCUAUAG